UUGACAUGCUGGGCGCUUUUCCUUUUCACGCCUCUUGGAAAAAGGCCUCCUAGUUAAGCACGCGUUGGUCCUCUCUAGCCUCUCACUCCUCUCACACUCUCAGUUUCGGUCUCUCACUACUGCUGCUGCUGCCGCCACCGUUGAGCCAUGGAGACAGCCCAGGAAAGGGAGGUGCAGCUGCAGGGGAGGCAGGCGUGGCCUUUCCACAUGAUGGCGACUACCAGCAGCAACUACAGCAGCAGCAGCAGCAGCAGCGGUAGCGGUGGCGACUGCUUCGUGCUCGGGUGGGAGCAGCCGCCGUUCGGCUGCUUCGGGGUCCUUGCCGCCGACGUCCACGAGCUCUUCCCUCUGUUUGCAGACAUGGAGUCGCCGUUGCCGGUGUCGUCGGCGCCGGCCGUCCCGUCGCAGGCGCACGACGCGGUGGCGAUGCCCGAGGAGCUGGACGAGCUGCUCCUGAACUUCUGGGACGCAAGCUGCAACGACGGCGACGUGGGCGAGCAGCAGGUGCAGGCCGCCUUCAAUUCCAGCUGCUGCGUCCCGCACGAGAAGAGCAGUAGCACUGUCACCACCACCAACUAUUUCUUCCCCUACGAUGAUGACCCCUUGAGCUCGAUUUUCUCGGCGGCGCCCACGCUGGCAGAGAAAGCUCUGCUCCAGGCCCCGGCAGAGCCCCUCAGCUCGUCUUCGUCGAACUGUCACGGGGACCCACACCUGGGGGACGCGGGCGGGGCCUGGGUGCAGGGCGCCGCUGCCACGCCGAGUGCCGCGCGGGCCCCGCCUGUGCCGAGGAGCUCCGCCUCGCUGAAACGCUCGACACGCGAAGCAGAGUCUGAUCAGGCGGAGUGCAGCCAGAGCGUGAGCAAGCGGAGGAAGGCCGAGUCGCCGUCGCCGGCGGGGGUGGUGUGCCCGUUCGCCCUGCUGAAGCCCGACGGGCUGGACGGCGGCGCGACGUUGGCGGACAUCAACGCGCGCAUCCUCAUGCGUCCCGCGCGGCCCGUGCGGCACCCCGUCGGCGAGUUCGCGUGCGCGCCGCGCGUGUCCGCGGACCAGCCGGGCAUAUCGGGCAAGACCGUGUCCAGCUUCACGCGCCUGCACACCCCCGGACGCGGCACCAUAACCAUCAUAAGAACAAGAGGCUGAUCAUGACUGUGUGCUCGUCCAAGCAUCUAACUAGCUUGCAGGUUACUAGAUUAGCCUGGCUAAGUGACUAGAUCUUCAAGUUCUGACGCCAUGUAAUUACAUGCUUGACUGUAAAAUAUCAAUAAACAAGUCUCUAAUCUCUCCUCCUCUCCAA